UUCAUGAUUAUGUUUAUGUUUUCGUUAAAACAAUUUAGUGGGCAUUUGCAUAAAUAAUCCUGUCAUUAUUUUUUUGGAAAACUAGUCAGUCAUUCGGACUGAUGAAAUAAAGAUAGCUGACUUUGUUUGCUUAAACAGCAAAUUUGUUUGUUGUCUUUAAACUUCAAAUAAUUUCAUGAAAUAAAGUGUUGCAAUAAAAACACAAAAUGCAUAUCAGUUACACUUUCACGAGUGUAGACAAAAUUACUUAGACCUCCUUGAAACCAACUGUUGAAUCUGCUCAUAGUCCAGUGACUCAUAAUCUUUUUGCAUCAAUAGGAUGUUGCAUAAGUGGAAAAGUAACAGAAAUACGUAUUUAUUUGCAACACAUCAUCACCAGAUGACAAUCUGUAGUCUGAUGUCAUUAUUUUGGAACUGUUAAAAAGGAAGUGAUACUUUUCUUAGAGUCUUGAAAACCAGUGGUGAAUUUAGCUUUAAUAUCUUUAUCCAUACGUGAAGAACCAUCAGAGUCUGAUGGCGGCUCUGACUGAGAACAUGCUGACAGUCAACAUGCUACUGAGUGUCUUCCUUCUGCCAGGUGUUUUGGCGAAUUCCUGUAACCGCACUACACCAGCCCUCCACAUCACUGCACCAAAGGAGAUUGAAGCUCUGACUGGAUCUUGUUUGCCAAUCCCAUGUAGCUUUAAUACACCAGAGACAGCAUUUGACAACAGCAAAGCUGUUGCUGGGAUUUGGAUGAAACAUAACUUAGAUUUUAAAGGUGAUCCAAGAAAUGUUAUUUUCAAUAGCACUAGGAAAGAUAACACCUAUCAACUGGAGAUUAUUGGAAACUUGAGUGAGAAAAACUGCACCAGUCUGUUUCGUGACUUGAACUCCAGUCAUACAGAGAGAUAUUUCUUCAGAGUUGAGAAUGGGCCAUUCAGAGCAACAGCUUGUAGCAACCCAAUUAACAUAAAAGUUAAAGAUUCUCCAUGGAGUCCCAGCAUUAAUGUUCCCUCUUACCUGAAGGAGCAUCAGUCUGUCACUGUAACCUGCUCAGCUUUCACUCCCUGUCCACACUCACCUCCUGAACUCACCUGGAAUCUCCAACAAGACUCUCUCAGACAAACUGAGAAAAACACAGAUGGAACAUUUACAACUAAAAUCCAGGAGAACAUCACUCUGUCAGACACACAUGAUGGAUACAACAUCAGCUGUUCUGCCAGAUAUCCUGUGAUUGGAGGAAACAAGACAGCAGAGACAGAAGUGACUCUCAAUGUUUCCUAUGCUCCUAGAAACACCUCAGCAUCCAUCAGUCCAUCAGGUUUGGUGUCAGCAGGUAGCUGGGUGGAGCUGAGCUGCUCCAGCAGAGCCAAACCUCCACCCAGCUUCACCUGGUUCAGGAUCAGUGAACAUGGAAACAUUAAUGUAUCUAUGGAGCAGAUUUACAGCUUCAAUGUUACUGAUGGAGGAAAGUAUCACUGUGUGGCUACAAAUCAUCUGGGGAAUCAAACGUCACCAAUAAUCUCUAUAAGUAACAAAGGUCCAACUGCCAGUCUUGCAGUCUGGAUGGAUAUUUUAGUGGGAAUCAUUGUGUUCAUCUGCCUGAUUGUUGUUUGUGCUUGGUACUUGAAGUGCAAACGUGCAACUCCACAACAGACUCAGAGUCAAACAGGUGAGGAUGCUGCUGUUGAAAAAUCAGCCGAUGGAAGAGAGGAAAUACUUCAUUAUGAAGAAGUGAACUUCCUUCAGAGGAGACCUGGAGCUUCCUCCAUGUCAGCACAGGACAGCAGGCAGCAGGAGACGGUGUACUCUCAGGUCAAGGUGUCUGUUGCCACGGCAGAAGAUCUCUGCGCUCAAGUGAAGGAAAUCUGAUGUGUUUUAUGUCAGAAGGCUUGACCUUUUUGACUUGUUAGUUUUGGACAGAGUUCAGUGGGCGAACGUCUUAAACCCACUGGUCUCAUAAUCUUAUCAUAAGUGUCAUUGUUUCUACUCUUACGAAAAAUCCCACGAAAAUCACAUGUGGAAAUGUGUGAUUCACAUGUGAU